CAUGUCCUUCCAAGGCUACCCCCCAGUGUUUGCCUCCUUUCCCGAGCAUAGCUAUCCUUCUUCGUCGCUGGGCAUACCGACCUACCACACAGAUUCGAUGAUGCAAAUGCAAAGCCACCACAAGCGUCCCUCCCUACUCAUGACACUCCCCCCUGAUAUCUUGAGGCACAUUGCCGGUUACCUCGGGUAUCUGGACCUCCACAACUUUUGUGCCGUCAAUCGCUGGACUAAGCAGAAUGUCGAUCCUUUCUGGGCCACGGAAGAAGAGAGAAUUGCUGGGGUUCGGCACGCCGAGCAAUACUACAAGCGCUAUUUCCCCACGUCUGCCCUCCCCUCCUCGGACAAGAAGCAAGCAAGAGAGUACGACAACAAGUACCCCCUAUCUUUCGGGUGCUACCACUGCUUCAUGAUCAAAAGCCCGGAGAACUUCGAGCUUUUCAAGUGGAACAACACGUACGAGGAAGCAGACAGCUCGAGCGUGCCUGUACAGCCAACACCAAGACCGACACGUGCUACUCUCCCAACAACCAAUCCUCAUUACGACCCUUCCAUCACGAGGACCAGCAUCGCGGCAAACAGCCAGGCAAGCAGUACAGGUGGCCAAUCUGACCAGUCCCCACGCAUAAAGGCAACGUGGGGGGUGCGCCGCUUCUGCAUCGACUGCGGCAUCAAGAAGCAGUACUAUCGCCCAGGCGACCUUAUCGACCUGCAGAGAAACAAGGAAGCAGUAUGGGUCUGCCGGUGCUGGAAGAUUCUCACGAGGCCCAAAGAGUUGAAGUGUUAUGUUUGCGAUUCUUAUGUCCCGCUCUCGACACCACCCCGCCGGCGCAAUUGAUCUCUUUGAGGGACAAAAUGUGCUUAGGACAUCCUUCAACCGGCCGCUCAUAACCUUCUGCCUAACGCUGCCCAUCUCGGAGCUCAACGCCCAUAGAGCCUCAACAGCU